AUGGCCUCCCAGGUCAGACUGAGGCUGCUGCCGAGUGCUAAAUGUUUGUUUGACGAGCCCGUUCAGGUGAAGGUUACCGGGCUGAGGUCGAGACAGGUGGUCACCAUAAAGGCCAGAUCGACCGACGAGAAGGGGGUGGUGUUCAGCUCCUCGGCCACCUACAGGGCUGAUAGGAGAGGGGAGGUUGAUCUGGAGAGAGACCCCUCACUCAAUGGGACGUACAACGGGGUUGAACCCAUGGGUCUGCUGUGGUCCAUGAGGCCAGACACCUUACACAAAAAAUUUCAAAAAACCAUGUCACUAAACCCUCACGUGGUAAGGUUCUUUGUUCAUGAAGUGGAGGGGGAGGGCAGGAUGCUGGCUGAGGUGACCAAUGAGAGGCUUUUAAUUGGAAAUGGCGUCACCAGGCUUCCCAUCAAAGACGGGAAUAUUCGUGGAGUCCUGUUUACUCCUUCAGGACAUGGUCCGUUCCCUGCUGUUAUGGAUCUGUACACUUUUGGGGGAGGUUUGUCAGAGAAAAGAGCCUCUCUGCUGGCCAGCAGGGGAUUUGUGGUUCUGACUGUAGCGCUGUAUGGCCAUGAUGACAUGCCGAAGAACAUCAAGGAGGUCCAUUUGGACUAUUUUGAAGAGGCAAUACAACUUUUAAGAAAACAAGAUAAGGUCGGCAGUAAAGGAGUAGGAAUAAUAUCAAUUUCCAAAAGUGGAGAUCUUGCACUUUCAGCAGCUUCUUACCUGCCAGGUGUUGAUGCCACAGUGUGCAUCAACUGCUGCAGUGCCAACAUAGCUUUACCUCUUUAUUAUGAAAAACGUCAGAUCCACCCUCCCUUAAUGUUUGACCUCAGCAAGGUGAUUCCCACUGAGUCGGGGGCCAGCAUAGUCAAGUACUGUAUGAAUGAUCCUCUAGCAGAGGAGAACCGGGCCACCCUGAUCCCCAUCGAAAAAGCCAAGGCACAUUUUCUCUUUGUGGCCUCAGAGGACGACCUCAACUGGGACAGCAAAGCUUACAUGGACCAAAUAGUGGAGAGACUGAAGCGUCAUGGCAAGGGGAACUUUGAAACUGUGUGUUACCCUGGAGCAGGACAUUACUUAGAGCCACCUUAUGGACCCUACUGCCCCUCCAGUCUCCAUGGCAUUGUAGGCAAGCCAGUCUUGUGGGGCGGUGAGCCCAGGUCCCACGCAGCAGCUGAAGUCCACUUGUGGAAGAGGAUCCAGGAGUUCUUCAGAUCUCAUCUGAGCUGUGAAGCUACACGUUGUGCAGCCAAGUUAUAG